UUUUCCUCCCCUCCCGUCCCAUCCCUCUCCGUCCUUAAUGACCUCUUCCUCCCCCGCCCCGAACCCUAACCCCGUCCCCACACCGCCCCCAAACCCCACACCCAACGCCACUCCCGCCACCGCCAACGCCGCGAUCCCCGCCUCCUCGCCGCCCAAGGACCAGCAGCAGCAGCUGCCGCAGACCCAGGACGGGGCCGUCGCGGGCUUGGAUGGUGGGGGCGGCGAGCCGCCGGAGGUGGCUGUAGCGGGCGAGGCCAUGGAGGUUGAUGGCGGAAGCGGAGUUGCGGAUGGGGAGGGGGGAGGGGCCGGUGCUGGAGUGCCGCACGGUACGUCCUCACCGGCGAUCGUGUUCCGGAUCCGCCUCAAGCAGCCCCCCGAGAGCCUCCGCCACAAGAUGCGCGUGCCUGAGCUCUGCAGGAACUUCAGCGCUGUUGCUUGGUGUGGGAAGCUAAAUGAAAUCGCAUGUGCAUCAGAGACUUGUGCACGGAUUCCGAGCUCUAAUUCAAGUCCACCUUUUUGGAUUCCUAUACACAUAAUGAAUCCUGAGAGACCGACAGAAUGUGCUGUUUUCAAUGUGAGAGCAGAUUCUCCACGAGACUUCGUUCAGUUCAUUGAAUGGUCUCCUCGGUCAUGCCCUCGUUCACUAUUAGUGGCAAAUUUUCAUGGGAGGAUUACUAUAUGGACACAGCCAACUAAGGGUCCUGUUAAUCUCGUACGUGACUCCAGCUCCUGGCAAUGUGAACAUGAAUGGCGUCAAGAUCUUUCUGUGGUUACCAAGUGGUUGUCUGGAGUUUCUCCGUACAGAUGGCUUCCUACAAACUCCAGUUCUUCUUCAAGCAUGAAAACAUUUGAGGAAAAAUUCCUUACACAACACCCUCAAAAUUCAGCAGGAUGGCCAAAUAUUCUAUGUGUUUGUUCUGUAUUUUCAUCAGGGUCUGUUCAGCUUCAUUGGUCACAGUGGCCUUCUAAAAACUCAGCAGAACCUAGAUGGUUUUCUACUAGCAAAGGGCUUCUUGGAGCAGGCCCCAGCGGUAUAAUGGCUGCUGAUGCUAUUAUUACUGAGUCUGGAGCUUUACAUGUUGCUGGUGUUCCCCUUGUCAAUCCUUCCACAGUAGUGGUUUGGGAGGUGAUGCCUGGUCUUGGUAAUGGUAUUCAGGCAACUGCAAAGAUAAAUGCAACAAGCCCUCUUCCUCCAUCUCUGAACCCCCCUUCCUGGACUGGUUUUGCUCCAUUAGCAGCGUAUCUCUUUUCCUUGCAAGAUUACCUUGUUUCUGAGGGUGCACAAACAAGAAAACAGAUAGAUAAUGAGAUUACUGAGGCUGCAUCCAUCCAUUGUUGCCCGGUUUCCAAUUUUUCAGCUUAUGUCAGUCCUGAAGCUGCUGCCCAGUCAGCCACUACUACAACAUGGGGAUCUGGGGUUACUUCAGUUGCUUUUGAUCCCACUCGAGGAGGAGGAGUCAUUACAGUUGUAAUUGUUGAAGGGCAGUAUAUGUCUCCGUAUGACCCCGACGAAGGACCUUCCAUCACUGGAUGGAGAGUCCAAUGCUGGGAAUCUUCACUUCAACCUGUUGUUCUUCACCCAAUAUUUGGAAGCCCGUCUAGCUUUGGUGGGCAGCCUCCUAUGCAAACUGUUUGGUCCACUAGGGUUAACAAAAGCAUUCCACCAACAGAAGACCUUAAAAAUCCUCAAACAUAUGUUCCAAUGCCAACAACUUCAGAUGAACGGAGCUCUUCUGACUGCAGUGUUGACAGGGCAAACAGACUUAGUUUUGAUCCUUAUGAUCUUCCGAAUGAUGUUAGACAACUGGCCCAAAUAGUUUAUUCUGCACAUGGUGGCGAGGUUGCUGUUGCUUUCCUGCGUGGUGGAGUGCACAUUUUCUCAGGCCCAAAUUUUGAUCAGGUUGACAGCUAUCAUGUAAAUGUUGGCUCAUCAAUUGCUCAGCCAGCCUUCUCCUCUACCAGCUGUUGCUUGGCAUCAGUAUGGCAUGACACAUUCAAAGACCGAACCAUACUAAAGAUAAUACGUGUGCUUCCUCCUGCCAUUCUUAAUGCUCAGACAAAGGUCAGCUCAGCUGUGUGGGAACGGGCAAUAGCAGAUAGAUUUUGGUGGAGUUUGCUGGCUGGUGUGGAUUGGUGGGAUGCUGUUGGUUGCACACAGAGUGCUGCUGAAGAUGGUAUCGUGUCACUUAACAGUGUGAUAGCCUUGCUGGAUACUGAUUUCCAUUGUCUUCCAACUAUGCAACAGAGGCAACAACACUGUCCUAACCUCGAUAGGAUAAAGUGUAGGCUAUUGGAAGGAACAAAUGCUCAAGAUGUCAGAGCACUUGUAUUGGACAUGCAAGCAAGAUUGCUUCUGGAUAUGCUAGGCAAGGGAAUAGAGUCUGCCCUGAUAAAUCCAUCAACUCUGCUACCUGAACCCUGGCAUGCUUCUAGUGAUAUGCUGUCUAACAUUGAGCCUGACAAAAUGACGGUUGACCCAGCUCUACUUCCAAACAUCCAGGUCUACUUUACUUCCUGUUGUUUCCAUUUCAUUGUCAUGGAGCUUAAAUAUAACUUGCUAUCAUUAAUUGUUUUUUGCUUUUAUGCAUUUGGUACUUGCGGAGCAUUGGUAAUUUGGGGCAUUCUGUUUGCACUUGGUUAUGUUGAUGCUGUUCUUGAUUUAGCAUCACAUUUCAUCACACGCUUGCGGCGGUAUGCAAGUUUCUGUCGGACUUUGGCUAGCCAUGCUGUAGGAGCAUCUUCUGGUUCAGGCAGUUCCAGGAAUAUGGUUACUAGUCCAACCAACAGUUCCCCAUCACCAUCAAAUAACCAAGGUAAUCAAAGUGGAGUAGCAUCUACGACUGGGAGCUCACAAAUGCAAGAGUGGGUCCAAGGUGCGAUUGCUAAGAUUAGCAACACUGCUGAUGGUGCUACCAAUGCAGCACCAAAUCCAGUUAGUGGGAGGUCAUCAUUUAUGCCUAUCAGCAUCAACACAGGAACUUUUCCUGGGACACCUGCUGUUAGACUUAUUGGCGACUGCCAUUUCCUUCAUAGAUUAUGCCAGUUGCUGCUAUUUUGUUUGCUUUUCCGGAGAAGGCAGUCACCAAGAUUGCUCGCAAAUGCACAGAAAAAUCCUGAUUCUGCCAUGCAGAAAAUACAGCACUUGAUGAACGGUAAGAUAGAGGACAAUAGUUCUGCAGUUUCUGCAGCAAGAUCUGGUCUAGGGGCUGCCAAAAUGGAAGAUGGUCCAACUGCACGUGGACAGUUGGUUCUUGGAGCUAAGGGUCUCGAAGAAAAUCCAAUGGGCAAGUCUGUUAGAAUUGGUUCUGGCAAUGCUGGACAGGGUUAUACGUCAGAUGAGGUGAAGGUCCUUUUUCUCAUAUUGGUUGAUCUUUGUCGAAGGACGUCAAGUUUGCAGCAUCCAUUGCCUGUUUCUCAGGUUGGUACCAGCAACAUUAUUAUAAGGUUGCACUUCAUCGAUGGCACUUACACUGUGCUGCCAGAGGUAGUGGAAGCAUCUCUUGGUCCCCAUAUGCAGAAUAUGCCUCGUCCACGAGGAGCUGAUGCUGCUGGUCUUUUACUUCGAGAAUUAGAACUGCAACCUCCUUCUGAAGAAUGGCAUAGGCGCAACAUGUUUGGAGGGCCCUGGUCAGAACCAGAUGAUCUUGGUCCAUUAGAUAAUAUGCCACAUCUGAAAAUUGGUGGCAACUCUCAUUCAUCCAACAUGGAAGAGGAUGGCAACACUAACCUUGGGAUUCAAAGUCUUUGGCCAAGAAAGCGCCGCUUAUCUGAAAGAGAUGCAGCAUUUGGUCUGAAAACAUCUAUGGGUCUUGGAACUUAUCUAGGUGUUAUGGGGUCUCGACGAGAUGUUAUCACAGCCGUGUGGAGAACAGGUCUUGAUGGUGAAUGGUAUAAGUGCAUACGGUGUUUGCGGCAAACUUGUGCAUUUGCGCAGCCUGGUGGCCCGAACCCGGCAAAUGAACGUGAGGCAUGGUGGAUCAGCAGGUGGACACAGGCAUGUCCAAUGUGUGGUGGGUCAUGGGUGAAAGUUGUGUGAUUGCUGACGCCUUCACCACGCUGAUUCUUCCCUGUUAGUUAGUAGCUUGUUUAGCCAAGUCUGAACCAGCAUUGUUGGUUCCCUUGUUGGACAACUUUGUCUUAAGGCCCAUCGCUGUUAUUUACCUGCAGAGAUCAUAGGCUCAAAGCAGAUACACAGGCUUAGCUCUGAUGGCUGUGUAAAAAUGUAGUUGUAUUAGGAGAGAGGUUUGUGCGAUCAUUAUGUGUAUAAAUGUAUCCCAAUGUUGGAUGAAAGCUGUUAUAUGGGCUAUGCACCUACGAGUACUGCUAGUGCUUGAUUUUGGUAAA